AUGAAGACGGUGCCGGUGGCACGCCGGCCACACCAUCACGAGGGCGUGGCCGAGGGCGGGGGCGACGCAGAGGCAGAGGUCAAGCACCCGAAUCGAGUGCAGAAGACACCAGCAAUGGUGUCUCGGCACCCCAACAACUUUCCAUUCGCGGCAAAGUUUGCCGACGCUCUUGACUCCAGUGAAGCCAACGCCACCGCCCAGGCGGGUAUUGAACCUGCGUCUGUCACCACGACGCCCACAACGCCCAGCGGGAGGGUCACGCGUUCGAGAACCAGAGCCGUCGCGACAUCAUCUACACCAACAUCUACACCGACCGAAGAAGAGGCGGCAGGCGAAGAGGAGGCGUCGACGCCACCAUCGACCCCCACCACACGAGGGCGGGGGAGGGGACGAGGCCGAGGCCGGGGCAAGAGCCCGGCGACCAAGACCGCGGCCGGGCGUGGGCGAGGCCGGGGCAGGGGCAAGAAGGCGCCGAGCGAUGAUGAUGAUGAAGAAGAGGCAGGCUCACAUAAAGAGCACAGCGAGUCCGAGGAAGAGGCGACGCCCAAGCGGCGUGGUGGCACGACGAAGAAGACCAGCACGAAGAAGAGGAAGAAGCAGUACGACGAGGACUAUGCGGGUGAUGAAGAUGAAGGUGAAGAGGAAGAAGACGCGGUGGAAGAGUACAAUGAAGCGAGCGAGGAGGACGCCGUUGACAACGAUGAAGAGGCAGACGAGUACGACACGGCCGACAAGAAGCGAAAACGAAAGAGCACCACCACGACUACCCCGAAGAAGGGAACCAAGCGAGCAAAGACGAGCGCGUCGCCGCGGGCGCGGGGACGAGGAACGAGAGCGCGCGGGCGGGGUGGACGCACCUCACGGCAUCGUGUGUCGCCCGAGGAACAUCGAAACGCCGAGAUGAGGAAGAGGGUGGAAGCGUUGCAGGCGCCACUCAACACCGAGGUCUUGUAUCCGCACUGGAUGCCGCAGCAUUCACAGGUCCAGUAUGUCAGCGACCCGACUGAGUACCUUCCGCUGUGCUCGGAGGUGACGUUUGGACUGGAGGCGACUGAUGAAGAGGGCACGAGCGAUAUCCAGUACCACACCUUGGGCCUGUUUGGCUCCAUCGCGCAGCGAAGGACGAGCGACCAGGGCCGACGGCAGUGGGCCGAGACCGUGAUGAACACCGGCGGCCCCAUCUGGGCGCUCGACUGGUGCCCGACCCGCUCGGCUGUCCACCCGCACUCCCAAUUCGCCGCCGUCUCAGCCCAUGCCUCGCCCUCCGAAACACACAUUCUCGGCAAGCGAUACGUUGGCAAGGGCAUGAUCCAGAUAUGGAGCAUGGGCAUCUUGCAGGACUCGGGCUGGCCAGCGAGCGAGAGCGCCGAUGGAGAGGAGUCGCUGACGCAGCGGCCGGUGAUGGCGAUGGGCAUUCUCCACGAGGGCGCCGCCGUGUGGGACCUCAAGUGGUGUCCCUCGCGCGCUUCCACGUGGGAUAUGCCCGAGGGCGUUCUGCCUCAGCCGGCCACGAUGGUGGUGGACGGCGAGGGUGAAGCCGCAGAGGGGCACACGCCACACGACGGCCAGCUGCCUCGGCUGGGUCUGCUGGCGGCCGCCUUCGCCGACGGCUCGGUCAAGAUCUUCUCCGUGCCCCACCCGGCCAGCCUUGCGCAGGGCGCGGCGCCCGUCUUCGUCCGGCUCACGCCCGUGGCCGAUUACAAGCUCAACGCGAGCAAUGUCACUUCCGUCAAUUGGUCUCCGCACGGCCAACACCAGUUCCUGCUCACCGGCUAUUCCGAUGGGCACAUUGCCGUGUGGCAGGUUGGCGGGGAGGGCUCGGAGGCGCGACCGGUAAUGUGCAGCCGGGCCUACAAGCGAGCGGUGCAGGGCGUAGUUUGGGACUCGAGCAAUCCCAGCGUGUUCCUCUCGUGCGGCCAGGGCGGCUAUCUUAAGUUUUGGGACACGCAUGACCCUUUUGCGCCUCUCUACUCGCACAUGGCCGGUGGAGGCUGGAUUGUGGAUGUAAAGUGGCUCGGGGGUGACUACCCCAACAUUGUGUUCUCCUCCGACGACCACACGAUCCGACAUUUCGCGCCGCACGACCUCACCUCCAAGAUCUUCCGCUACCACGACGCGAUGGUGUGGUAUGUCGACGGCUCGUACUGGUUGAACCAGUUGGCUUCAGCGUCAGCUGAUGGCACCGUCAAAGUCCUCCCACUUUCGCCGAAGAUUAUGGCGUCCACCAAGAGUCUCUAUCGGCCCAAGGAAAUCGUGGCCCUACAGGUGUCGCUGACCACCUUGAGCCACGGCCCGGAGUCGGCGCCCAGCGCGCUGGAGGUGAUCACGUUGCGCUCACUGCCGCCCGAGGACGCCACCGCGAAGAAGGCGGAAGCUGUGGAACCAGCUGAGGGCGAAGUGGGCGUAGCAGUGCGCGAGUUUCCCGACCCCCGUGUGGCCGUGCAGCGCGUCAACUGGAAUCCCAACCUGCCAGCCUCGGGGUGGCUCCUCUCCGGCACCACCUCAGGCCUUCUCCAUGGCCUCCUCCUCAACCAAACCGUUCUCUAA